CGAAGGGGGCGUCUCCGACCUUCGAUCUGGGGCGAGCGGAGCGGCUGGUUCGGGGAGGCGCCGGGAGCCAGGACCCCGAUGCCGGCCAGCGCAGUCCGGGAUGGCUUCCGCUGGAGGCGGCGACUGCGAGGGCGCCGCGCCGGAGGCGGACCGCCCUCACCAGCGGCCCUUCCUGAUCGGGGUGAGCGGCGGCACCGCGAGCGGGAAGUCCACGGUGUGUGAGAAGAUCAUGGAGCUGCUGGGCCAGAACGAAGUGGACCACCGGCAGCGGAAGCUGGUCAUCCUGAGCCAAGACAGGUUCUACAAGGUCCUGACUGCGGAGCAGAAAGCCAAGGCAUUGAAGGGACAGUAUAAUUUCGACCACCCAGAUGCUUUUGACAAUGACCUGAUGCACAGGACCCUGAAAAACAUCGUGGAGGGCAGAACCGUCGAGGUCCCAACCUAUGACUUUGUGACCCACUCGAGGCUCCCGGAGACCACGGUGGUCUACCCUGCGGACGUCGUCCUGUUCGAGGGCAUCCUGGUGUUCUACAGCCAGGAGGUCCGCGACAUGUUUCACCUGCGCCUCUUCGUGGACACGGACUCCGACGUCAGGCUGUCGAGGAGAGUUCUGCGGGACGUGCACCGCGGGCGGGACCUGGAGCAGAUUCUGACCCAGUACACCACCUUCGUCAAACCCGCCUUCGAGGAGUUCUGCCUGCCGACGAAGAAGUAUGCCGACGUGAUCAUCCCUCGAGGGGUGGACAACAUGGUGGCCAUCAACCUGAUCGUGCAGCACAUCCAGGACAUCCUGAGCGGUGACAUCUGCAAGUGGCACAGAGGGUCCAAUGGGCGGAGCUACAAGAGGACAUUUCCCGAGCCGGGAGACCACUCCGGGGUGCUGGCGUCCGGCAAGCGGUCACACUUGGAGUCUAGCAGCAGACCCCACUGAGGACGGGGGUGCCCAGGCCCCUGGGCAGGCCCCCUGACAGCCCAUUCGGGUCCAGCCCGGAGAUGCCUGCCCGCCCCUGUAGACGCAGCCACUUCCUGUCAGCGUCUCACAGUCCAGACGGGGGUGGGGGUGGGGCGCGAAGAUCAUGGGGUUCCUCGCGGUUGGGGGCAAACCUGCACCUGUUAGUUCAGCCCGUCUGGAGGGGGCUGGUAGCCCCCCUGGUGUCUCCACCUGCUUCCUCCCGUCUAGGAAGCUUAACAGAACACAUUUAACUUCCGGAGCAGUGCCACGGAGCGUGUGGUCAGCCAGUCACGGACGCGGGGAACACGGAGCAGUAGCUUGGACCCUGUGGCUGCCCCAGUGUGGCUGACAGGAAGCCACAGCGUGAGGGACCAUCUCUAGGACGAUCUGGGUCCCACACACGCGACUGAAACACAGGUUUGGAGAGAGAAUUUCCCCUUGUUAGGUAUUAAACGUGCCGGUGUUUUGUUGUUAUUUAUUCUCCUGUUAGUUGUGGCGGGGUGCCUGAGUGUCGUGCCCGCGGUGGGGUGCGAGCCACAGAGGGGUUCCCUCCUCCUGGCCUGUGUGCCGGGGGCGGAGCCCAGGAAGGAGCCCUGGGCACAAGCUGUCCUCAGCCAGCGCCGUGCGGGCAGGGACAGGCAGCAGGCCGGCAUGGCCACGCUCAGUCCUCCGGCUCAGGCCUCCCCACCUGGGCCCCGUGGGCUCUGCGGACAGGCCUUCCCGAGGCCGGGCCACGCCAGUCACCCUGCGCAUGCCUAGAGUCCACGGCCGCACAGGUGACGCCGGGGGCCGUGUAGUCCUGCUUGGUCCGCCCUCCCCACGAGCCUGUUUCCGUAAAAGCGAUACUUUGCCGUCACCACCAGCUAAACCGCAUGGGCACUUCCGGUUCCUUUCUAGUGAGGUCUGUGUGUAGUGACGUGGUAGGCCCUCCAUGGGGCUUGGCUGAGCUCCAGGGCUGCUUUCUGAGUGUGUGACUGUCUUGUCGAGAUUAUUUUCUCCCCUUCUGGAGAAUCAAUAAAUAACACCAGAUACUCAUA